AUGAACAACACUCAAGCUGAGACGUCCGUAAUAGGCAUGAUCGACAUGUUUCACAAAUACACCAGACGUGAUGACAAGAUUGACAAGCCAAGCCUGCUGACGAUGAUGAAGGAGAACUUCCCCAACUUCCUCAGUGCCUGUGACAAAAAGGGCACAAAUUACCUGGCCAAUGUCUUUGAGAAAAAAGACAAGAAUGAGGAUAAGAAGAUUGAUUUUUCUGAGUUUCUGUCCUUGCUGGGAGACAUAGCCACAGACUACCACAAGCAGAGCCACGGAGCGGCGCCCUGUUCCGGGGGAAGCCAGUGA